GCGAAUUCGGAAAUAAACGUUAGUGUUGCGAUUAAUUCAGUUAUCUAAUUGAACUGUUUGAUUCUUGCAAAAAGUAAAACGCUAUUUUAAAUACUAAUUACUACAUAGAGAUGACAAGUAUCACAAUAUCAGCAAUUCGAACACGAACUAGUAUUCUUGACAAAUCAUUAAGUAAAGGAAAGGGAGAGGUUAGCUUGAGUUGUUUCGCACUUUUGUUUUCAGAACUCGUGCAGUAUUGUCAAAAUCGAGUUUACACCGUACCAGAAUUACAAAAUAAAUUGGCAGAAAUAGGUACAGAAGUUGGUCAUAGAAUAACAGAUCUACUCGUUGUACGAGAAAAAGGUGGAAAACGUGAAAUAAAAUUAUUAAAUAUUUUAUUAUUUAUUAAAAGUACAGUAUGGAAAUCAUUGUUUGGUCGUGAAGCUGAUAAAUUAGAACAUGCAAAUGACGAUGAACGUACUUAUUAUAUUAUUGAAAAAGAAGCACUAGUAAAUAAAUUUAUAUCAGUUCCAAAAGAUAAAGGAAGUUUAAACUGUGCAUCUUUCAUUGCUGGAAUAGUUGAAGCUAUUCUAUGUGAUUGUGGUUUUCCAGCGAAAGUAACUGCACAUUGGCAUAAAGGAACAACAUAUAUGGUUAAAUUUGAUGAUGCAGUUGUUGCUCGUGAUAAACAGCUUGAAGAUCGGUAA